GUCUUUAUCGCAGUUUUAAUAUACACUGUACAACAAACUACCAGUACUGUUUUACUGUUUUACUGGAAUUAUAUAAAACAUCCCCCCAUUUCACUGUCCCUGUCAUCAGUGAUAGUGAAUCCAUUAACCCCACGCAGCCUUACCAUUCUGUUUGUGGACCACCUGAAGCCUUUAUAAGCCGUGUUCGGUGGUAUUUUAUCCUAACAGGAGUCUCCACCUUUGCAGCCAUCACGAUACCAGGCUAACCCGUUAUACCUGAAUUGCAUCCAUUUGGUAUAGCGCCUGAAGGAUUACACGCCUCCGGUAGUUUAUACGGAUCCACCCUCUUUCUGGCUUUAGUUAGUGUUGUACCUAUCGCCAAAGGUUACAUCCACCAUAAAAUACCCCCCCAAAUCCCAAACGUAUCCCCCAGGCCGUUCCUCAGAACACAUCUCCUUAAUUCGGUUCAUAAGUACCAACACUCAUGUUACUCCUCUUUCUCCUUGCGCCGCUUGUGGCUGCCCACCAACUUCUUUCUGCCGAAGCGGAGCUAAAAAUUACAAAUGUUCUCAGAUCCUCAACUAGGUUCCGCAACAUGCCGCCGAUUGUGCCCAACCCGAAUGAGAUGGAGCGGCGCUUAAAGCCUGGAGAGAUCCCCCUGUACGUUUCCGAGUGCGCCCCGGCGAUCUACCUCUACUCUGAGGAAAAGUACAUGCCGUACGACCCGGCCCAGUUUGUUAAAAACUUCCAUUUAGAAUUCCGCAACGGUAGCAGCGUUCCGGGAGGUGAGUUUCCCCUCAGCCUUACGAAGCUCGCAACCAUCUCUAAAACCUAUUGCCGGCCAAUUGGCGACGAAACAGAUGCGGGAUAUGACAUCAACGGUGAGGACGAUAUCUUCUUCAAGUCCCACUCCGACUUCGACGGCGACCCCGCGUGGAUUACCGGGGUGCACAACCAGCCAGACGUGAACGACGGCCGGUUGGAAGAUGCCCCGGCGACAGUGCUAGUGGUGGAUAAGGGUAACGGCUGGGUCGAUGCAUACUGGUUCUAUUUCUAUUCGUUCAAUCUUGGGCCGUUUGUGAUGGGCCACGGGCCGUAUGGGAACCACGUUGGCGACUGGGAACACUCGCUCGUAAGGUUUUAUGAAGGAGAGCCGGUACUUGUGUGGAUGUCUGCGCACGGGGGCGGGGCAGCAUUUGAGUAUGAGACGAUGGAAAAAUACGGGCCGAAUUUGGCCAAGCCAAUGAAGCACGCUGGUAAGGGGAACCAGAAGUUUGCUGACGAUUCCGGGAGCCAUCCAAUGAAAUUUACCGAGGGCUCCCUUUCUAACACCCAGCCCGUCCUUUUUAGCGCACGGGGGACUCACGCAAACUAUGCGAGUCCUGGACAGCACCCCCACGACUUACCGUACGCCAUGUUGAACGAUUAUGCAGACCGCGGGUCACUCUGGAACCCGGUGUUGAACUACUUGGCCUACACGUUUGACGGUGCACGGUUGACUCCCGGUAACGGGUCUGUGCCGUUCCGAGAGGCGACGGAGUACGCUGAUGGCCGGUGGUUGUUUUACACGGGCCACUGGGGCGACCAGACAUUGCCGAUGAAGGAUCCGCGCCAGCACUGGUCUGUGUGGCUGAAAAAGUACAUCGAUGGCCCGCGCGGCCCGUUGUUGAAGAACUUGUUGCGUGUGUCGCCGUGCCAGCGCACCAAGUGGUGGAACUUUUUGCUGGCGUGCAACAUCCGGCGGUACUUGAAGUACGGGAUCGGUGUGGAGAGCGAUUUCACGGGUGAGGGUGAGUGUGGUGGGGUGUUUAACCUGGUGCGGCCGAAGUGGUUGCGUGGGAUCGUCGAGCAGGCCACCUGGGGAGGUUAUUUCUGCUUUGUUAUGGACUUGAUCUUUGGCUAGGGGUUAUCGGUAGGGAUAGAAGAGAGCUUGGAAGAAUUGCUUCGUACUCAGGAAUGUCCAUAAGAGCGGCAGGCAGGUUUCAAGAUGCAAGGAAAUGUCGAGUAUAGAUAAUGUCUCUGUUCUCCUAUGUUUUUUAUUUUUAUUUUUAUAUUGCCAAGUCUAAUGGUCCAACCCCUAGCAUUAGUUCUGUAACGGGCACAAAAAUAGACUAUGUCGUCCAUCUCGCGUAAACCUCCAUUUAAACAGAUUGGGAUGUCAGGUUCACAAAACGUUACUACUUGUACCCAAAAAUCAUUUAAAAUUUACGGUACAAUGCGGACAGAUAUACAAUUACAUUGACUAUUGGAACACUGAAUAUUGUGUUCCAUCGACUGCUGCAUGGUGCAUGGAAACCUUGUAUGCACGAGUGGUGGCGUUAUCGCCUCUAGCCAACCAUUCACGGCGACAACUGUUUCUACGUGUAGGUUGAAAUCCUUUAAUCCUGAUGUUGAGG